AAUGAAAAUAAAUUUUUUAUAUAACGUUUUGUCAGAUAUGACUCGUAAGAUAAUAAAUAUUUAUUAACCGCAUACAGGUAUUUUUACUUGAUCAUCUCAGCUUCUGAGAUUCUUCUGCGCAUUUGCUGUUAUCGGCGCUGAUAUUUCGAUAAGGUGUUUUUAUCUCGGCUCGGGAGAAGAUAUAAAUUGCAUAAAUGAUUGGAGCAAUCAGUCUGUGCAUCAAGACUGUAAGUAGCAUUUAAAAAAAGCGUGGAAAAAAUGGAGGAGGGGCCGAUCGUUAGCAUAAGCGAUGGAAAAAUUCAAGGCGCGAAAAGGAGAAGUCUUCUUGGAGUGGACUACUUCGCAUUCAAGGGCAUCCCUUACGCGCAGCCGCCGAUUGGUCCACUGCGCUUUAAGGAUCCACAACCAGUUAGCAAAUGGUCAGGAGUACGGGAUGCAUCGCAACACGCAGGCGACGUAUCGAUGCAGUAUGAAUCGGACGGCUCAAAACCUUGGGGAAUAAUCGGGAGCGAAGAUUGCCUGUAUCUGAACGUGUACACGAAUUCCAUGACCGACCGUAAGCGGCCGGUUAUGUAUUACAUCCACGGCGGAGGCUUCGUCGAGGAUUCAGGAAACGACUGCAUUUAUCGAGAAGAUUACCUCGUCACGAUGGACAUGGUUUUAGUCUCCGUGAACUACAGACUAGGACCCAUGGGUUUCCUCAAUCUCGGACACGAAGUAGCAGCCGGCAAUCAGGGAUUAAGAGAUAUAAUCUGCGGGCUCAACUGGGUGCAGCGGAAUAUCGAGCAAUUCGGCGGCGAUCCAAACAACGUUACGAUUUUCGGGAACAGCAGUGGUUCGAUGACAUGCCACCUGUUCACCUUGUUACCGACCGUUAAAGGUCUAUUCCACAAAGCCAUUUUGCAAAGUGGCUCGAUAUUCUCCACGAGAAAUCUGUUCACGGGAAAAAACGUUAUGAACGGUUUCAAAAUUGCUUCGCUCCUGGGACUGGAUUCGCAAGAUCCGGAGGAGGUGAUUGAAUUCCUUCGCGGCGUCCCUGCGAAGAAGAUCGUCGAACUUCAUGGAAAAAUUUUGUCGAAAUAUGAGAAGACGGUGGAAGGUCAGAUGGAGUAUUCGCCGACUUUUGACGCGCCUUACGUAAAAGAGCCGAUAAUACCGAAGCUACUUCCAGAACUUAUAGAAAACGACGCCGACAUACCGAUAAUGCUGGGACACACGACGAACGAGUCAUUGCUGAGCUUCGCGGGCCAAUUCGACGACGAGGAGAACUUGAAAUUCUACGACGACAACAUCGAGGAAAUAAUGAAGCACAAGCUCAGGCUCCAGGAUCCCAGUAAAUUUCCGGAGAUCAUGAAGAGCCUAAGAGAAUUUUACCUGGACAACAAGCCGAUCAACAAGGAGAACGUCUGGAAUCUGAUAAAUCUGUUGAGCGAUUUCUUCGCCUUCUGCAACCGAAAGACGGUCGAUCUUCGAAACGAGCACGCGAAAGCGCCCACCUACCUCUACAAUUUUUCGUACAUGGGCAACGAGCCCACCAUGUAUCAGUUCGACCAAGGCCCGCAGCCGCUCAAAGGAGUCGCGCACGCCGACGAGCUGUCCUACCUGUUUUACCUGACCUACAUGAAACAAGACGGAGAGCAGUUCCCGCAGGAAGGGACGACCGAUAGACUGGUCGUCGAGCGACUCGUGAGGAUGUGGUACAACUUUGCGGCAACUGGAAAUCCGACUCCCUCGACCGACGAUUGCUACCUCACGACGACUUGGAAAGCUUCUACCAAAGAUAAACUCUACUAUCUCGACAUAGGCGCCGAGCUUGAACUGAAGGACGAAAGAAAUCUGCCCAAUCGCGCGAUUUACGAUAAAUUCGCCAGGAUUUACUUGUUCUAAACGUCGAAAAGAGAAUAAUAAAACCUUUGCUUAGAAAAACAAACAAAAA